AUGAAGGGAGCUGAAGAGGAAGAGGGGCCCUCAGGAGCACGACCGACUGCAGCCCUGGUUGAGGAGCGUCCGCGUUCCACGAAUGUCCCUCGCCUCUGCGCCGCCACAAUCCCCAGCCUCGCGGCAUUCGGAACCCCUCCCUCAGGCCGAACCAUGGCGUGGGCGCUGGUCCUGGCGCUCUGCAACCUGGCGCUGGCCCCCGCGGGCGCGCUGGACGCCAUGGGCCCUCACGCAGCGGUCCGCCUGUCCGAGCUGCUGACCCCAGAGGAGUGCAGCCACUUCCGAUCGCUCCUCGAGGCGCCUGAGCCCGACGUGGACGCCGAGUUCGCCCGGCUAUCUGAGGACUGGCUGGCCCGGCCCAAGCUGCCCACACCCUCUCCUGGAGCGCAGGGCACCGUGGGGCAACGGCGGAGGGCGGCAGCCAGGCAGCCGUCGGAGGGACCGGAGGGUGCGCCAGCCAGGUCCAGCGAGGUGUCCGACGGCUGCCGCGAGGCGCUGGCAUCCUGGUUGGCCGCCAAGGCCCCGGCCCUGUCGUGGGACCGCGUGGCCCGGGCCCUACGGCGCAGCGGCCGCCCCGACGUGGCGCGGGAGCUGGCCAAGAACCUCCACCAGCAGGCGACGUUGCAGCUGCGCAGGUCGGGUGAGAACUACUUGCAGCCGCCGGUGGCCCCGGCCCCCGCCCCGGGCCCCGCCCCGGCCCCGCGCGACCGUCGCUCCGCGGUCUCCGUGCCCUCCUGGGACGAUCUCGAGCUGAUCGUCGAGCGCCUGCCGCAGCCCCCGUACACGCGAAGCCCAGCAGCCUGGGUCGGGCCGCUGGCGCUCGGCCUCCUUGCCGGCUUCGUGGGCGCACUGGGCACCGGGGCGAUGAUCACUGUGCUCACGCUGUGGAUCACCGGCGGCGACGGCGACCCCGCG